AUGGCCCAAAAGUGCGUUCACAAAGGCUGUGGCAAGACCUACACGGACCCGGACGAGGUCUGCAUAUACCAUCCAGGCCCGCCAGUCUUUCACGAGGGGCAGAAAGGAUGGAAAUGCUGCAAACCGCGAGUCUUGACCUUUGAUGAGUUCCUUGCCAUCCCGCCCUGCACUGAGGGCAAACACAGCACCACCGACCUGCCUCCUGAUAUCGAAAAGAAGACUGGAGAUGCUGCCCCUGCCGAAGCCACAUCGCUGUCGGCAAAGCUAGCAGAGAUCCCGACUGAUGUGCCUACUCGAGCUCCCCUGGCUCCUCAGCCUGCACCUACUGCACCACCACCUCCUCCCGAGUCCGAGGACGAUGAGCCAUCUCUCGAGAUUCCGGAUGGCAAGACAUGCAGGCGGAAGGGGUGUAACGCCACUUACAAAAAGGGCCAGGCCCGAUCGGACCAAGAGAACUGUGUUCACCACCCCGGAGCACCCAUCUUCCACGAGGGUAGCAAGGGUUAUACCUGCUGCAAGCGGCGCGUGCUCGAGUUUGAUGAGUUCAUGAGGAUCGAGGGCUGCAAGACAUCGCCAAGACACCUGUUUGUAGGCUCGGGCGAGGACAAGAAGAAGCAGGGCGGCACAAACACAGAGGAGCUCCUCGAGACGGUCCGCAACGACUUUUACCAGACACCCAGCACGGUGAUAGCGUCCUUCUUCCUCAAGAAGAUUGACAGUCCCAAGGCGACGAUCAAGUUUGAGACGCAGACCCUCGUCUUGGACCUACCCACCACUGACGCAACGCCCAAGCGAUACAAGGCCGACGUCCCACUCUACGGCAAGAUCGACACGGAAAAGAGCACCUUCAAGAUCUUUGGCACCAAGCUGGAAGUCAAUCUCUACAAGGCCGAUGGAGCCAGCUGGCCCGUACUACGCAGCGAUGACCGUUUGACGGGUGAAAUCCUGCAAGUCGGCAGGGCUGGUAAGGUGUAA